AUGCAGAUCAACAUGAUCAUUGAAGGAAAAACCCUGAUUUGCGGAAAAUGGCUGAGCGAAUUGGAUUUCAUCCUGAAAGGAGCUGAUAGUAUUGUUCAGUUAUCCGAAAAGGUUUCCUCCUAUUUCCAACAUUCGGAAUAUGCUAAUGUUUCUUAGGUCAAUAAGAAGAUAUUUGCAAUUUCAGCUCUUUCUUAUCAAAUACUUGUUUCAAAUCUGCAACAAAUCAUGGAAUUUGCAAAGGCAGGUGAGGAUGCGAUGAGCUUCAGAGCGGCCAUGAAUGAGGUGAAAAUUUCCCAAUAUAGUUAUAAACGAAAAAGCUUCUUACGCCUGUGUCAAAACAGAGACUUUUCUUCAAGCACACUAUGUUUGGAUUUGAACUGAACGAUGUUGAUCCACACGACAAGAUACCACGACGUGUCGCCAAGGUUUGUCUCAGAAAACCUCGCUAUUUUAGGGCCAGUCUUGGAAAAAAGGGUUGCGGAGGUCUGUUCCAGACUGGGGAGCAACCGCCAGCAGAACGGAGAGGAAGGUGUGA